CGAAAGCUGGUACUGUGCUCAGAAUAGAAACUUCGCCCAUCUGCAGUAAUUUAAAUGUAGCCAUCGCAUACAACUCUAAAUUAAGUGUUUACGUUGUUUUGUUUUGUGUAUGGUAGUGUCAAUGGGUGGUUGUUUCCUUUCCCUCUUCUCCAUUUAACAACUCUAGCAUGGUAUGUCAUACUAGUGAGCUAGGAAAGGUAUUUCAGAAGCAGUUCUAAAAUCUGAUGUUUAGACAUGCAGGAGUAGGUUACCCUACCCUGUCAUGCCGGCUAGCUUUUUCUACUACAGUGGCUAAGAUCGAACUGAUAAUACACGCCUAAUUUUCGCAUAUAACAAUGCUGCAUGCAUUUGCCUCCACACGCCGCUAGAGGCGUUCUACUUUCUGAACUAACAGUCAACGUUUCUUGCACAUGGGACCUGCUAGCCAGGUUUGCUAGUUUGAAGUUCCAACCAAGUUGAAAUCAUGGAAGAAGAGUCGAGUAGCAAUAUAUGCAAUGACACUGGCUCAGACACAGCAGAGAAGAAAGAUGUUGCCAAGUGUAAAGUCAAGUGGACUAAAGAAGAAGAUGAAAAUCUCAAAAUCCUCGUCAGCAACUUUGGGAAGACACAUUGGAAAACCAUUGCCAGUUUUUUGCCAGGCCGGACAGAAUACCAGUGUAUGCACCGAUGGAAAAAGCUUCUGGAUCCUGAUUUAGUCAAAGGCUUCUGGUCCAAAGAAGAAGAUGAAAAGAUAGUAGAGCUGGUGGCGAAGUAUGGCACCAGACACUGGUCUUUGAUUGCCAAGCACCUGAAGGGGCGAUUGGGGAAACAGUGUCGUGACCGCUGGCACAACCACCUUGAUCCACUGAUCAAAAAGAGCUCAUGGACUAAUGAAGAAGACCUCAUUAUCUACAAAGCCCAUUCCAUUCUGGGGAACCGGUGGGCUGAGAUUGCCAAAUUGCUUCCUGGAAGGACAGACAAUUCUGUGAAAAAUCACUGGAACUGCACCAUCAAACGUAAAAUAAUGUUGGGCUUGUUCAAAGACGAGGCUGACAGUGUUUCCCUUGAUAUUCAACAGUUUGUGGAAGGAGAGGUGGACUUCAAGUAUGAUGUUGUGUUAGACACUGAACCAGUGACUCCUAGAGUGGUUAUGCCAGAGAAAGAGAACAAGCAGAAGGAGCCUCGGAACUUUGAGCAGAAGAUGGCCGUUCCGCCCCCACAGAUGUUAGCAUGCAGGAGAGAGUCCCCCAGUCCGUCCUUGCCCACCAGUUUGAGUUCCAGUCCCAGCUCCAGCUCAGGAACUGCACCAGUAGCUGUGCCGGUGGACCAGAAAAAAUUUGCGGAUGCAGCACUGAGGAUGAUUGCUGAAGACAUGCUGCCACUCAGUUUUGUCGAAGGCGCAGGCUUCAGGUCAUUCAUGAGUACCAUUAACCCUGAAUACAACAAGCUAUCUCAGCGUGUUAUGGCUGUACAACUCUAUGAUGAAGUGGAGAGAACCUUCAAGCCUCAGCUCAUCCGUGACCUUAAGGCCUGCUUUGCCCCAACCAAAGGUGGUGAAGGUACCAUUCAUGUCACCAUAGACCUCUGGGCAGGGGAUCAUUCCAAUCCAGUGGAGGAGCCCAUCAUCGUUGUGCAACUUCACUUUGUCAGUGACUCCUGGCAGGUCCGCCGUCCCAUUGUCGCCUUCCGUCACCUCAGCUACAAAAACCUCAGCACCACUGUGGUCAGGGAGCUGGAGGGUGUGCUGCUGAGCUAUGGUAUCUUUCCUUGCAGCAUCGGAUACGUCCUCGCCAACCAAGCCAAAGAAGCCCUGGCUAGGAAUAACUUGUUCUGCGACUACAAGAUCAUGUGCUCAUCCAAUAGGGGAGAGGCAGAUGGAGAUGAGUUGGUGUCAUAUCUGUCAGAUCAGAUGUCUGAAACAGAGUCCCCCUUUUCAGAGCUGCAGGUUGGAACGAGGACCACCUGUGUGGCCAACACAUUGCAACUUGUGAUUAAGGAGGCAUUGAAGAACUCCAGGGUUGUUGAAAACCUGCUCUUGCAGGCCCACAACGUAGUGGCCUUUUUUAGGAGCAGCGCCUAUUGGAGCGAGGUUUUGUUGAAGGAGUGCAACGUGUCCCUGUGCCCUUCCUCCAGUAACUGUCGCUGGAACUCCAUGAUGCUGUCUUUACGCCGUAUGGUGCAGGAGUCCACCUGGACUGCCAUCAUGACUCUCUUAGCUCAGGCCCGCAUUGAGGCUAACGACACAGCAAGUGCCCCGCCUCUAGUCAUGGUUAAGAGGGAGCAAGUGAUUGACAUCUUGGGUCAUCUUGAGCCCUUUGCGGAGGCCUUGCAGGUCCUGCAAGGAAAUGGAGUGACUAUCUCUUACAUCAUACCUUCCCUCAUUGGCCUUGACAAGACCUUGGAGAUCCUUGUCACCAAUUACACCCACUUCAAUAAGGCCCUGCGUACAGGCCUCCACACACACUUCCAGUCCCUGAUUCACCAGAAGGACAUAAUAUUGGCUACUGUGCUUGACCCCAGGAUCAAACUCCAGCCGUUUUCUGAUGCCAAACCGGAGGACCAGACAGGCUUCCUAGCGCCUCUGUCCAAGUGUCAGGUGCGUGGUGUUUUGGAAGCCUCAUUAGAAAGCAUGGAGGCCCCAGCAUCUCCUUCCGUAGAGACAGAUAGAGAACAGACAAGUAAGGAGUUGAUAAAGGAGCAGGAUGGUGAAGAGAAGAGUCAGACCAAUACGCUGAUGGAGGCAUCUGAAGGCAGCUCAGAUGGCAACGACUGUGAUGGAGUGGCCGGAAACGACCUGAAGCGCAAGUCCAUCUUUGACUUCCUCCAGCCGCCUGCAAAGACCAUUAAGAUGUCAGAGCUUGAUCUCUACCUAUCAGAACCACUUUUGGAAGGCAACUCCUGUGUGUUGUAUUGGAAAUCUGCCACUCGGUUUCCCCAGCUCCAGUGCAUGGCCAAGAGACUGCUGGCAGUACCGGCCACUUCGGGAGGCUUUGACCGGCUAUGUCCAAUGGCAGCAUGUAUUGUAAGAGCCAAGAGGAACCGCCUUCCACUUCAUACCACCGAGAGACUGCUUCUGUACAAAAACUCUUUAAAAGCAAAGACUGUUGUUAAAAAGCCCAGUGGGAUUGCUAAACACUGAUAGGUCAGCUUCAGACAGCUUCUGUUUCCCCCUCACAGAGAGUAGUGAACUGUAUUUUAAAAACAACAAAUAUAAUAAAGACUUUUUGUUUAAGCAUAAUUCAAUGCUGUAAAAGAUGGAUCUGAAUUUUGAAUUAAAAUGUCUUUAGAAAAUGAAGUCCAACAGAGUGAACAGGAAUUGUAUGGCUUUCUUUGUUGCUGGCACUAUGUUUUCACAAAGGCAAAGUGAUGCAUCUGUGGUCCAAGUCCUUGCGUAUAGGAUUUAAGGUUUUACAACUUAAUGCCUUAAUGCCAUUGAAAUAACGCUAUAAUAAUACCUCAAUCGGGUCAACAGUGAUGCAGAAAUUGAAUCAUAAUUGCUGUACUUUUUUGCAAUGCAUAGAUGUUCAGUGCCUUAAGCAAAAACUCAAACUGAGUGAAAAUGCACUGUACAUUGCUGUAAGCUAGUUUAUUUUUCUUGUAAUUUAUUUGCGUUGUAUGCUGUACACAAAGUACAGAUGACCUGUGUGUUGGGUCAUUGACAAGAAAUUUAAGUAAGACUGCACGUUUUCAGCAAUUUGUAAAAAAACGUGUUCAUUUUGUUUUUUAUUGGUCAGCCAUGCUUAAAAGUUGCUGGGGUGGUGGUCACUCUGCAUCAUAGUUUGAAAUAAUUAGACAGGUAAGCUUUUAAACAAACUGAACUUUACACUGAAUGAUUUUAUUGCCGUGAUGAUUUUUAAUAGUGUGGUAAUAAAUGCCAUUGUCACCUUGAAUCUCUGGAUUUGCAUCUCCACAUGGACAUAUCUGGAGAUUGUGCUUGUAUUAAAGAAUAAAGCUAUUUUUCUCAACAGUU